CUCAUAACAUAUUUUGCUUCUCUUAAUGUUAUUCUUUUUUUUCCCCCUACUUCUCUCCUGUCGCCCGUCAUGAGCGUCCAGUAAAACCCUAAUUUCUCUGUUUCUCAAUCUCUCCCUCCCCCACUCUCCUUCUCUUCUUCCUCACAACAUCAGAGAAAUUAUUGAAAAAGAAGAAUAUAUGUCCUACAAUCAAUCAAGGAGUGGCAGCGAUAAGAGCGAGUUACAGUAUAGGAAAUCAGGGCGAUCCAUCAGCUCUAAUCAGCUACGGACUUCCUCUCAAUCUUACGGUAAGGGCGGUGGUGGCGGCGGCGGCGGCCCCCCAGUCCCUUCACCGUCUUCUUCUUCUCUUUCCUCCAAUCGCAGUUUCAAUAAGAAGUCUAGUUAUGUUCCACAAGGAGGAGGGCAAUCUAGUAGGGUAAAUGUGGCACCUGUUGUGAAUUCUUCCGAUUCCGGUAAUAACGCUGCUUCUACAAUCCGUAAUGUACAGAAUGGUGCCGCGGCGCAACCCCCAUUACAUGGAACAUCUGAUGCUCCGCCGCCUGCAAGCAGUGUUACCAAGCCGACAGAAGCAUCAGCUACUCAGAGGAGUGCCCGAGCUGUUCCAAAGGCUCCAACUUCUCAACCUGCCAGCAUAAGUUCGGAGAGUGGAGCACCCACUACACCUGCCAAGGCCCCAGUAGAUGCAUCUAAGGCGUUUGCGUUUCAAUUUGGGUCCAUUAGUCCUGGCUUUAUGAACGGGAUGCAGGUUCCUGCUCGAACAAGCUCAGCUCCCCCGAAUUUGGAUGAGCAGAAACGUGACCAGGCACGCCAAGAUACAUUUAGGCCUGCUCCUUCAUUACCGACUCCUGCUCCGAAGCAGCAAUUUCAGAAGAAGGAAGUGAGCGCAACAGAACAAGCUAUCUCUGGGGAGGUUCAUCCGCUUCCCAAGGCCAAAAAGGAGACACAGGUCUCACCUGCACCAUCUGCGAGCCACUCACAGAAGCAUUCUGUUCUUCCAGUUACUAUGACUUCUAUGCAAAUGCAAUAUCUGCAGCCACAGGUCUCUGUGCAGUUUGGUGGCCGAGGCCCACAAAUUCAGUCCCAGGGUGUUCCACCAACUUCUCUUCAGAUGCCAAUUCCAGUGCCAUUGCAGAUGGGCAGUGCUCCUCAAGUGCAACAGCCAGUGUUUAUUCAAGGUAUCCAACAUCAUCCUAUGCAGCCUCAGGGAAUGAUGCGUCAAGGUCAAAACUUGAGUUUUACGACCACAAUGGGUCCUCAGAUGCCUCCUCAGUUAGGCAGCUUAGGAAUGAACAUUGCCUCACAAUAUUCUCAACAACAGGGUGGUAAAUUUGGUGGUCAGCGUAAAACAUCUGUCAAGAUUACUGAUCCAAAGACACAUGAAGAGCUGAGGCUUGAUAAACGGACAGAUCCAUAUCCAGACACUGGACCAUCAGGCCUAAGGUCUCAUCUCAAUGCUCCCCAGUCCCAGCCAAUUCCAUCAUUUACACCUUCACGUCCAAUUAACUAUUAUCCUAGUUCUUACAGUACAAAUAAUUUAUUUUUUCAAACUCCAAGCUCUCUACCAUUAACUGGUGGCCAAAUAGCACCAAAUUCUCAGCCACCACCUAGGUUUAAUUAUCCUGUUAGCCAGGGGCCCCCAAAUGUUCCAUAUACCAAUGCAUCUGCUCUUAAUUCUCUUCCAGCUAGUAAGUCUGGGAUUGCAAUUCACGGUGUUGCCGAACUGCAUAAAUCAGAACAUGCCAGUGAUGCACCUAAUGCAAUCUCCUCAACUCCAUCUGGAGCAGUACAAGUGACCAUUAAACCACCUGUUGGUUCUAUUGGAGAGAAAGUUGUGGAGCCAUCUUUGCCAAAGAUCUCUCCUGUCGAAAAGGGCGGAUCCCACAAAUCCUCAAGGUCAUCUGGGGAAGCUAGCCCGUCUCCUUCUCAAAGAGAUUCAGAGAUUUCAUCAGAAAGCUCUUUACGGCAGGCAAAACCUGUUGGUGAAUCGCUGGUCAAGUCACCUCCAGUGGCAGCGAAACAGCUUGCAGAGGUUUCUGUUGAUGGUGCAGCAUCUACUUUGCCAGCUCAGUCUGUGGAGGCAAUACCAGGUGUAUCCAAUGCUGAAGACCAAAAAAAGGAAGCUCCGAGUAUUCAGAAGAAACCAGGCAAGAAAGGAAAUAUUGAGCCUCAGCAUCAGAUUGGUGGACAGACUACCUUGUCCACAAGCAUGUCUUCUUGCACUGUGGAGCUUGGUGUAUUUUAUGGCAGUGGAGUUUCUGAAACUGCAGAAACUAAUACAGCUCCUUCCCCAUCACCAGCAAACAGUGAAGCUUGGACAAAAUCAAUCAAGGAACCAGUGUCAACAAUUUCUGCUUUGAAUCCUGAUGUUUCUGAAAUGAAGGUUGAGAAUCCUGGAGAUGGUUUUAACACUGUUUCAGCUCAGGGUCUUGUUGCUGGAGUUGCUAAAACCCCACACACCACUCCACAAGCUAUGCUGGAUGGUUCCUCCUCACAGGAAGAACUACAAUGUGAAAUUCCAACUACAGAAGAGAAAGGACAGAAAUCACUGUCUGAAUGUCUUAAACAAGAUUACAGCAUGUCUCCAGCACCAGUUAAUUCAACAUUUGCAGACAUUGUCAAGCAAGAUAAAGAGGUAUCUGAUUUGACAGGGACAUCUGUUGGCAAUGAGGUCCCAGCCUCAGAAACUGCACAGGAGGGUCUGGUGGAACCUGUGACUCGCCACGCAGCAAAUGACAGGGUAUCAGAUAGUGCGGAUGUCUCUGCAUCCAGAAAUUUAGAUUCUGCCGAUGAUAGAAAGCCUUCAGAUGCAUCUUUGAGGCACGGUGAUAGCAUAGGUAAUAAAGAAGCUUCUGUUACAAAAUCAAGUGUAUCAGGUCAGCAGGAAUCUCUUCCAGCACCUGAUCUUUCCGAGGCAACUGCAAAACACAAAGGGCAAUGUGCGGAAAACCCCGGCAGUGGAAUAGUCCCCCAUGCAAUAUCUAGUUCCAAAGAAAAACCCACUGAGCCGACUUUAUCAAAGAGUACCUCUGGUAAAUUUAAGAAGAAGAGAAGAGAAUUUCUUCUGAAAGCAGAUCUUGCUGGGACUACUUCUGAUCUUUAUGGGGCAUAUAAAGGCCCUGAGGAAAAGAAAGAAAAUGUCAUAUCGUCAGAAGUCACAGAAAGCACCAGCCCUAUUCUGAAUCAGACACCUGCUGAUGCCCUGCAGGUUGACUCUGUAGCAAGCGAGAAAAAUAAAGCCGAGCCAGAUGAUUGGGAAGAUGCUGCUGACAUGUCUACACCGAAACUGGAUAGUGAUGGGGAACUAUCAUGUGGAGGAUUGGGACACCAUGAUUCAGAUGGGAAUGCGAAUACAGCCAAAAAAUAUUCGAGAGAUUUCCUCCUUAAAUUUUCUGAGCAAUUUUCUAAACUUCCUGAAGGUUUUGUAAUUACAUCUGAUAUAGCAGAGGCUUUGAGUGUCAACGUUUCACAUCCUGCUGAUCUUGAUUCUUACCCCAGUCCUGCAAGAGUUAUGGACAGGUCUAAUAGUGGAUCUCGAAUAGGACGUGGGAGUGGCAUGGUUGAUGAUGGCCGAUGGAGUAAACAGCCUGGUCCAUUUGGUCCAGGAAGGGAUUUGCACUUGGAUAUGGGUUAUGGACCUAAUGCCAGUUUUAGACCUGUUGCAGGAGGCAACCAUGGUGUUCUGAGGAACCCGCGAGCACAGAGUCCUGGACAGUAUGCAGGAGGGAUUUUAUCUGGACCCGUACAAUCAACGGGUCUGCAGGGAGGGAUGCAAAGAGGUGGCUCAGAUGCUGACAAAUGGCAGCGUUCUGUUAGUUCUGUGUAUAAAGGAUUGAUUCCUUCUCCGCAUACUCCAUUACAGAUGAUGCACAAAGCUGAGAGAAAGUAUGAAGUGGGUAAAGUGGCAGAUGAAGAAGCAGCCAAACAAAGACGGUUGAAAGGCAUAUUGAACAAGUUAACUCCUCAGAAUUUCGAGAAGCUUUUUGAGCAAGUAAAAGCUGUUAACAUUGACAAUGCUGUGACACUUAACGGCGUUAUCUCACAGAUCUUUGACAAAGCUUUAAUGGAGCCCACAUUCUGUGAAAUGUAUGCUAAUUUCUGCUUUCAUCUAGCAGCAGAGUUGCCUGAACUCAUUGAAGAUGAUGAAAAGGUGACUUUCAAGAGGUUACUUCUGAACAAGUGCCAGGAGGAAUUUGAGAGAGGGGAGCGAGAGCAAGAGGAAGCUAAUAAAGCUGAUGAAGAGGGUGAGAUUAAAAAGUCUGAUGAGGAAAGAGAAGAACAGAGAAUCAAGGCACGGAGACGAAUGCUUGGUAACAUAAGACUAAUUGGUGAGCUCUAUAAAAAAAGAAUGUUGACUGAAAGAAUAAUGCAUGAGUGCAUCAAAAAGUUGCUGGGCCAAUAUCAGAAUCCCGACGAGGAGGAUGUUGAGUCUCUUUGUAAACUAAUGAGCACUAUUGGAGAGAUGAUUGACCAUCCCAAAGCUAAGGUGCAUAUGGAUGCAUAUUUUGACGUGAUGGCAAAAUUAUCAAACAACAUGAAACUCUCAUCUAGGGUUAGAUUUAUGUUGAAGGAUGCAAUUGAUUUGAGGAAAAACAAAUGGCAGCAGAGGAGGAAGGUUGAAGGGCCGAAAAAGAUCGAGGAAGUGCACAGAGAUGCUGCUCAAGAACGACAGCUGCAAACUAGUAGGCUGGCUCGCAAUCCUGGCAUGAAUUCUUCUCCAAGAAGGGGCCCUAUGGAUUUUGGUCCGAGAGGGUCAACAAUGUUAUCUUCUCCAAAUGCUAAUAUGGGUGGUUUCCGAGGGUUUCCUUCUCAGGUCCGUGGGCAUGGCAACCAGGAUGUUCGGCAUGAGGACAGACAAUCUUACGAGGCUAGGACUGUGUCUGUUCCCUUACCUCAAAGACCUCUUGGUGAUGAUUCGAUUACUUUGGGUCCCCAAGGUGGUCUUGCAAGAGGAAUGUCCACUAGAGGAACACCUGCUAUUACAGUUGCUCCUGUAUCUGAGAUUUCUCCAAGCCCAAGUGACUCGAGAAGAAUGGCAGCUGGUUUGAAUGGUGUUAGUGCCAAUUUAGAACGAUCAAAUUAUAGCCCAAGGGAAGAUCUCAUUCCAAGAUAUUCUCCUGACAGAUUUGCAGUUCCACCUACUCAUGAUCAAAUGAGUGGUCAGGAACGGGAUAUGAAUUAUGUUCACAGGGACCUGAGGAAUCUAGAUCGUGGUUUUGAUAGGCCAUUGGGAUCAUCAUCACUAACAAAUACACAAGGGCCAUCUUUUGCCCAGAGUAUUCCAACAGGAAAGAUAUGGCCUGAAGAACAACUGCGAGAAAUGUCCAUGGUCACAAUAAAAGAAUUUUACAGUGCCAGAGAUGAGAAAGAAGUUGCUCUAUGCAUAAAAGAUUUGAAUUCCCCAAGUUUCCACCCUUCAAUGAUCUCUCUCUGGGUCACAGACUCAUUUGAAAGGAAGGACAUGGAUAGAGAUCUUUUGGCUAAGCUUCUUGCCAGUCUUGCAAGAUCCCAGGAUUGCAUUUUGGAUUCAAAUCAGCUCGUCAAAGGGUUUGAAUCAGUUCUGACUACCUUGGAGGAUGCUGUAACUGAUGCCCCCAAAGCACCAGAAUUUCUUGGACGCAUCUUGGGCAGAGUUGUUGUAGAAAAUGUUGUUCCACUAAAAGAGAUUGGGCGGUUAUUGCAUGAAGGCGGAGAGGAGCCGGGUAGCCUUCUUAAGUUUGGGCUUGCAGGGGACGUUCUUGGAAGUGUUUUGGAGAUGAUCAAAGCAGAGAACGGACAAGGUGUCUUAAAUGAGAUUCGCAACGCCUCCAAUUUGCGUUUCGAAGAUUUCCGGCCUCCACAUCCUAACAGGUCAAGGAUACUGGAGAAGUUUAUUUAGAUAGCGAUGCUCAUUGUAUCUUUUUAGGAAAAAAAAGAUUAAAAAAAAACAUGUCUAGUGCUUCUAGGUUACUUGUCAAUUUUCAUAAAUAUUUUUCCAUGUGGGUGGGGUGGGAGAUUUAUAUAUGGGAUUUCCUUCGACGAGUUCUAAUAUUAUUCAAAUAUUCACCUUGAAUAUGAAAGGUUCAAUUGAGCGUCUGAAUUUUUAUGCCUUGAUUCUUUGGCAGGCAUCUAUUUUGUGCUUGUUACAUGGUUCUUGCCAUGCUUUCCA